AUGUCACCCAGUGACGUAAUCCAGGUGAUAAAUCUCGAAAAUACCCAUAUUAUCACUGCGAUCGAAACACAAGGGCGAUAUGGUAACGGUACAGGGCGAGAGUUUGUGGCCGAAUAUAUGAUCGACUAUUUGAGACCUGGAAGUAAAUGGAUACGAUAUGUGAAUCGUACUGGCCAUACGAUAAUGACCGGUAAUUCUGAUACGACCUCCGCUGUUAUGCGGGUACUUAAUCCGCCACUGUUCGCAUCAAAGUUGCGGAUAGUACCUCACUCGAAACAAACCAGGACCAUCUGCCUUCGAGCUGAAUUACAUGGAUGUCUUCAUAAAGAUGGGCUGCUGUACUACGCGACCAUUCCGGGUGGCUCACGAGUUGGAAAUGUUGAUUUCCGAGACACUACAUUCGAAAAUACUGACUUGUACACUGAGACGGGAAUUAAAAGAGGCCUUGGUCUUCUAAGUGACGGGUAUAUAGCCGAGAGUUCUCCCUUCGAUGAAAGUAAUCAAAACGGCUCGUGGAUAGGAUGGAGUAGGCACCAUACAGAGGGUAUGGUGACUUUAUUGUUCGAAUUUGAUCAACUCCGAAAUUUUUCCGAAAUAGUGCUGGUAGCCUAUGGACGGCUCAGCAAUAUUGAUGUUAUAUUCAGAAAUGAUUAUCGUAUUCCACUACAUAGACGAAUGGCAAAGAAAAUACGAGUAACCCUAUGGUUUGCCAACGAUUGGAUUUUUCUCACAGAAGUUCAUUUCUCAUCAGGUUUGUUUGAAAUACUUAUCUUUCUUGAUAAACUGUACAUGCAGGGAUAA